AUGUGUGACGUGGAGAAUCCCAUUCAAGCGAACAGCGAGUCGAGUAUUGAGCAAAAGAAGUUUUUGAAAAAUUACAUGAAUUACUUGUGUUAUUAUGAAAAUAACGAAGUAAAGAAAAUAGAUUCCUCCUAUUUCCAUGGUAAAUAUCUAGGUUUAUUUUUUGGGGCAUCUUGGUGCAAAUAUUGUGUAACGUUUAUAGAUAAUUUAAAUAGUUUUAAAAAAAAUUUUCCAUUUAUUGAAAUAAUUUAUAUUCCAUUUGAUCAAACGUAUAAAGAUUACUUAAACUUUUUAAGGAACAUGCAUUUUUACAGCUUACCCUUUGAUAAUUAUUUAUUUAUUUGCAAAAAAUUUCAAAUAAAAAACUUACCAGCCUUUAUGGUUAUCGCUCCAAAUAACAGUAUUCUAGUAAAGGACGCUGUCCAACUAAUUAGAACCGAUGCAUACAUAAACAACUUCAAGUCGCUAAUAAAAAAUUACAUAAUACAACCAAGUACCUUCAAACAUAACAAUCGCUUUUUUGAUUUGUUCAGCAGUUAG